GGGGCUCGGCCCCCUGCAGCGCUAGGCUCUGGGAGCCGGGCGGCGCGUCCCAGUGGCCCGGCUGCUAGUGCGCCCGGCGCCCGCCGCAGCCUGUAUGCUCUGCGCUGCGCCUGGCCGGGCCCCAGCCACCGCCUGCUGCUCGCACCGCUGCUACGGGGCGCCGGAGUAAUAUGCUCACUCGAGUGAAAUCUGCCGUGGCCAAUUUCAUGGGCGGCAUCAUGGCUGGCAGCUCAGGCUCCGAGCACAGCGGCGGCGGCUGCGGAGGCUCGGACCUGCCCCUACGCUUCCCCUACGGCCGGCCGGAGUUCCUGGGGCUGUCUCAGGACGAGGUGGAGUGCAGCGCCGACCACAUCGCCCGCCCCAUCCUCAUCCUCAAGGAGACCCGGCGGCUGCCCUGGGCUACUGGCUACGCAGAGGUUAUCAAUGCUGGGAAGAGCACACACAACGAGGACCAAGCCAGCUGCGAGGUGCUCACUGUGAAGAAGAAAGCAGGGGCCAUUACCUCCACCCCCAACAGGAACUCAACCAAGAGACGGUCCUCCCUUCCCAACGGGGAGGGGCUGCAACUGAAGGAGAACUCGGAAUCAGAAGGCAUUUCCUGCCACUAUUGGUCGCUGUUUGAUGGCCACGCAGGGUCCGGGGCCGCGGUGGUGGCGUCCCGCCUGCUGCAGCACCACGUCACGGAGCAGCUGCAGGCCAUCGUGGACAUCCUGAAGAACUCCGCUGUCCUCCCGCCCACCUGCCUGGGCGAUGAGCCGGAGAACACCCCCGCCAGCGGCCGCACGCUGACCCGGGCCGCCUCGCUCCGCGGUGGGGUGGGGGCCCCCGGCUCCCCCAGCACCCCACCUACGCGCUUCUUCACGGAGAAGAAGAUCCCACACGAGUGUCUGGUCAUUGGGGCUCUUGAGAGCGCGUUCAAGGAAAUGGACCUACAAAUAGAACGAGAGAGGAGUUUGUAUAAUAUAUCUGGUGGCUGCACAGCCCUCAUUGUGAUUUGCCUCUUGGGGAAGCUGUAUGUGGCAAAUGCUGGGGAUAGCAGGGCCAUAAUCAUCAGAAAUGGAGAAAUCAUCCCCAUGUCUUCGGAAUUCACCCCCGAGACCGAGCGCCAGCGGCUUCAGUACCUGGCAUUCAUGCAGCCUCACUUGCUGGGAAAUGAAUUCACACAUUUGGAGUUUCCAAGGAGAGUGCAGAGAAAGGAACUUGGAAAGAAGAUGCUCUACAGGGACUUUAAUAUGACAGGCUGGGCAUACAAAACCAUUGAGGACGAUGACUUGAAGUUUCCCCUUAUAUACGGAGAAGGCAAGAAGGCCCGAGUAAUGGCAACUAUUGGAGUGACCAGGGGACUGGGGGACCAUGACCUGAAGGUGCAUGACUCCAACAUCUACAUAAAACCAUUCCUGUCUUCAGCUCCAGAGGUCAGAGUCUACGAUCUCUCCAGAUAUGAGCACGGAGCAGAUGAUGUGCUGAUCCUGGCAACGGAUGGACUGUGGGAUGUUUUAUCAAACGAAGAAGUGGCAGAAGCAAUCACUCAGUUUCUUCCUAACUGUGAUCCAGAUGACCCUCACAGGUACACACUGGCAGCUCAGGACCUGGUGAUGCGCGCCCGUGGUGUCCUGAAGGACAGAGGAUGGCGGAUAUCUAAUGACCGACUGGGCUCAGGAGACGACAUUUCUGUAUAUGUCAUUCCUUUAAUACAUGGAAACAAACUUUCAUGAAGACGACUCAGGGGACCGGAAGAUCAGAAGAAAGCAAGCUGGAUGUCCCUUAGCAGGGCAGGGCUGGGAAGUGCCCCGGAAGAGUUCCGGGUGAUGCCGCCUCUUCCCAGCCCAGAUGGGGAGUUUGUUCCUGAAAGGCCUCCGGCUGUGCUUCAAGAGGAUACCUAGGUUUCCGUUUCCUCUUUAGUAACAGGUUUGGAUACUCAGCAAAAGCAAAACAUAAAGGCUGCUACUGAGUGUUGUUUCUUUUGGUUCCUUUAAUGGGCCUCCUAGGUGGCCAUCGCCUGUUUUGUGCUCACACUUCGUAUUUAUUUAUCUGGGGUGCUGGGGCAGCCACUUUCAGGUGUACCUGGCAGAAGACUCCUCAGCCUGUCAAGCUGCCAGUUUCUCUACGGGUUCAAAGUGCUGCACUGGAGAGCUGGGGACCAUGCCUCAGAAAGUGUGAAGGCGCAUUGUCUAGUAAGCCUGAGGUUCAUUUCAGGGAAUGCUGUCUGUGGGUGUCUCCGUCUGUCUCUCUUUAUUCUUUCAUGGUAAUGAUGGGGCGAGCCAGGGAUUUUUGUUUUUUAAGUCCUUGAAUCUUAAUUGUUUCCAUAGAACGGGCCUGGGACUUUCCAACUCCUUGCGGAGGAAUUUGUGUGUCAAAGUCCAACCCAGUCUGUCCCCAUAUCCCGUGGCCCACACCACCCAGGCAGCCGUCUGGAGCAGUGCCCUGGCUAACAGACUGCUGUCUUUGUUGUGUAAUAAUGUGUUCCUGAGUUGGAUUUUCUCACUAAAUCAGUGUUUUUGUGAAAUUUGGGGUAUUUCUUUGGACCAACACUUCCUCCGUUGUCUUCAAGGGUACCCCUUGUGUGGCUUGAGGUUUCUGUUUGUUUCUGAAUCUGGGUUUUCAUUUCUGGGGUGACUGUUUCCAACUCCCAGCCCACCCCCUGCUGUGCCAUGAGGACACCUGUCAAGAAGUGUUCGGUACCCCUGGGCAGGAAGCCCCUUGUUCAGUCAGUUCACCGUACCUCAUUUCAGGACCAUUCCUCCAUUUCUGGAUCCAGGUUCCAUGGGCUGCGACUGUCCCCAAGCCCACUCAGAACAACGUGUAAGUAUCAGAUUCUAUCAAGGAACAGCAGGCCUACUCUCCCCCUCAUCUUUGGACAAGGCUCACUCAGACCGAAUUGGAUAAAACAGAAUUUAAAUUGAGUUCACCAGUCAUUCUCAUGCUGUACAGCUGCCCCUUCUCCACGGAAUCGUGUCCUAGCCACCCAACCACGGAGACCCCUAUUCCCACUGUCACUUGCCUCUUCGGUGUUCUUCACGGAGCAUCACCAAAAGCAGUGGACACAUCUACCUGCUGCUUCACUCCCAGGAGGAAUUGCCAAGUAGAUUUUUAGAAAUCACUUCUUUCUCUCAAAACAACUCCUCUGAAUCGAGGGACCUUGUAAAGCAAUACCCAAUUCCCGAGCCUUCUGGGAGAGCUCCUGCAGAAUCGUGACCAUCUUGACAACUUCUUGUAAUUAAAAUGUUCACUAAAGAAAAAGUCAUCGGUGUGAUCCCCCCAAACGCUGGAGAGCCACUCCCAGUCCUCACGUUUGUGUGAAUCCCUUCCCCAAAGGCAAAGGCACGACCCUUUCCUCUGGGAGAGUUAAUCACCUGCGUUCCUGGAACUACAGAUACUUUCUUAGGAAGGGCCUGGAGCCUUCCCAUCCCACAGUGUGGAACCAGUGCCCAGUCUGGCAGGUGAAAUACUGAGGGAAUUCACCCACCAGGUGUUGCCAAAAUGUUGCCUGGUAAGAAUUGGCCUACAACCUCGUCGUGAGGCCUCUUCGUCUCACAGCUUCCCUUGUCCUCCGGUGAAUCUUAGCUGCCCUUCUCUGUGGAGAGAAGGUUGUGAUAAACAGUUCCCUUCUCUGGAAGAAAUACUAUGCUAUGGAAAAAAACACGCAGGCAUCCUACAGUAGUGUAGUCCAUUUUCUGUUCCUGUCUUGACUCAACACCACAUACAAAUUGGAAACCUGAGUUUUCCUUGGAGUACUCUGAGCCACCAGCUUUAGAAAGUCACCUCUUUACCGUGUUUCCGUUGCCGUUCAUUCUUUUUCUUUCCUGGGCUUCUAGGUGGGCUCUGUCUUGAGUUUCUCCAGUUUUAUUCGGGCUGUGACAGUCAGGUGUAACCAUGUGGGUGUCAUGACACCUCCUAUCAAGGAAUGUCUCAGGAAAAACUCCGGAACCCUCUUACUCGUUUUACCCUAAAGUCUUGAGCAUUUAGUCCUAUUGUUUUUAGUUAGAAAGGUACCUUGGGAUUCUUUUCAUAAGCCUUCUUGGGUGGAAAGAUGUUAGUAGCAAGCUGAAGCCAUUAUUCUGUUUGGGGGAUGGGAGGAAAACUACAAAUGAGGUGAAUAAAUCAAAUGUGGGAAAAAUGAUUUGUUAAUACUCAUAGAAAGUCUACCCAGUACUGAUACUGCUCUGUGCAUUGAGCUUACUCAGUUUCGGCUUUAUGUUUCACUCAGGCCCUAUAUGGUCCCAGCCUGGAGUAGUUACUAUGUCUAUAUAACAGCUAGGCCUCUGGAGCAUUUCUGGAAAGGUCACAAGGCAACACACUCAAAAUUCUGCAGAAAGUAUUUAUUCAUGGUCCUGAAAUCUUGUGUAUCUGAGUUAUAGCCAAAUCUGCCUGUCGUCAUAGCCUCAGAGGAAGUCUUGUUUAAUAAAAAGUGUUCGGUUUCCUAGUCAAGACUUUAUGGUUGUCUUGGGGUGUGUGGCCACUUCUUUUAAUGAAAGACUCUUUCACUUCUAAAUCUCGUCGUUGGGCUGGCCACUGCUCUUUAGACUAUUUGGGGACACUCUCUUCCUUAAAGAGAGCAAGCUCUCACUCCAUCCACACUGCAGCAUUUUCCCAGGUAACAACCAAGCCUUUGUUGUCAGAACACCUGAAAUCAGAGCAGUGCCAGCAGUCAGAGAGGAAGCCGGGACGUUCUUUGGUGGUUGUACUUGCAUAACUGCUGUUCUUGGGGUGAGAAGGGAGAGCUGGAAAUCAGGCUAGGCCAAGUACUCAGCUGUCUAAUAGAGGACAAAGCCAAAAAAAAGCAGGGGUAUCAGUUCUACUCCACAUUAUUCAGCUUUGGGAAAUUUAGGGUGCUUAAUUUUUUAAUCCUUAGCCACUUACCUCCAUGGGGCUACGUGAAGUUAGGUGUGUUCCCUCUCCUCUUACUCUUCUCAUCAUUCAUUUACUUUGGGGGAGACCUUCAGCUGUAGAUAGAUUCUGGUGGGCAGGGAUGAGUGUCCCAGGACCCAGACUGGCCUUGGAUCUUGGCCAUGCAGGUUGGGUUUUUUGGUUUACCAGAGGACUAGCAUGGAAACGUUUAGAAAAAGAUCUCACCUCCUUUCUCAUCUGCCAAUCAGCUUUAUUUACAAGGCCACACAGAGUCAGUGGCUUUCUCUCCACCACAAUUUGGGGACCUAACCUUUCCUCGAAUGACCCAGCGGCUCCACUCUUUGCAGAGUGAAUCUGUUAAGCCUUUAUGAGAUUCUAUUUUCAGUAAGUCAGUGCUUCUGGGACACUUGGAGAAAGCAGUGAGAGUAACCGUCUAUGCAAAGGACAACCAGGCUGACCCAAAAAAGUUACCAGACCUAAGAAAAAAGUAAAAAGCAUACAUUAGGAAGUUGGGUUUUUGAGGAUUUACAAUUGCAGAGGAAUUUUGCAACCUGCGUACCCUAGGCCACGUUGCUGAGGAAACUGUAGUUCUAUGUGGGUGACCGCGUGUACGCUGGGAUUUUCCAAAGGACACUACACGAGCAGCCUGAUUCGCCUCUUACGUGAGCACCACUGGCAGCUCUUUGUCAGACCUGAGUGCCAGUCUGGGGAGCACUGCACUUUCUAUUCCAUGAUGUUAUCUGUGUAAAUAGCUUUCAUUUUUCCUUUGUGUCUUAAAGUUUCAUUCAUGUAGAGACCAGGUCAACAUCGACCAAACGAGGCUGUGUCUGUGCUGUUGUUUUCUACUGUGAUGUACUUGAAGGAGAACCUCGAGUCCUCCAUUCCUCCAGUCCCCCAUGGUGGCGUGAGUUUGGGAGCCCUGCGGUUACUCCUUUACUCCUGUUUGGCCUCCAUUUUCUUUGCCUCUUCAGGAGACCCAGGGAGGCCCACAGUGGAGAUCGUUUGUAAGGAAUGUGUACUACGGUCUGGGUUUCCAAAAAUACCCUGUGUGCAGUGAAUGAGAGGAAUCUGUCUGAAAAUGACUUCAGAACCAUGUACCUUUACGCUUGGUGAUUGUGAAAUCUUGACUUUUGUAGCCCAAAAGUGAAGACUGUUUAGUCAUGGGGAUCUGUUUUGUGUGUUUUGAAACUUAGGUGCAGUGUUCCCUGGAAAAAGCUAAAGAAAUGUACAUGCUUAAUGACAUUUUAAAAUAAAAUAUUAUAUAUAUGUAUAUAGAACCCCUUUAGCAAAACUGUGUGUGUGUCAUUUCUUUAAUUCACUAUGGAGUGUCUUCAAAUCAGGUAACAAAAUGAUAUGAGAGUGUCAUGGCCUAGUGUGGAGUUACUAGCUGUAAAGAGACCCAAAAGCAAAGCAAAAAGGAACAGAC